AUGGCUGCCAGCACAGCUAUUUUGCCCCCACAUCCCUUAGAGUCCUUUGCCCAUACCAGACCUCUGGAUUUGCCUCCAACAGCACUGCCUGCUGAUCCCGAAGCUUCCUCUAGCCCCCUUGCUGCUCCACAGCACCGUCCCCUGGACACUGCACCCCCGGUGCUCCGGCCGUACCAAGCUCCGGUACGCCACACUGACGUUUAUGUUGACAAUUUCCUGCUGGCCGUCCAAGGUUGUCCCCAAGCCCGUUUGCGUCUCCUCCGACGCUUGUUGCAUACAAUCGAUGCCGUGUUUCGGCCCUUGGAUGCCCAAGACCCCUCCUUGCGGAAACGUGAGAAGUUCCCGCAGGGUGAUGCCUAUUUUUGCACGCGAAAGAUCCUGCUAGGCUGGCUCCUGGAUACUCUCCGCCAAACUUUGGAGCUCCCACCUCAUCGAAUUCAGUGGUUGCAAGAGCCCUUUGAUCUUCUCCGUUACAAGUCUCGGGUUACCCUCUCCACGUGGCACAAGGUUCUUGGGGAACUGCGCAGCAUGUCUCUGGGCAUUCCUGGUUCCCGCGGACUGUUCUCUCUCCUCCAGGAGAGCUUUCGGCACACGGACCAGUACCGGAUCCGCAUGCGGGACAUGCUUGACGAUUUCGAGCACCUGGCCAGAACCCUUUUGUCCCGACCCACUGAACUCACUGAGCUGGUUCCGGAUCACCCUGUUGCAGUCGGCCCUCAUGAUGCUUCCGGAGUCGGCAUGGGUGGGGUUUGGCUCCCAGCCACCACCCACAGUCAACUCUCUCCCAUCCUGUGGCGGGCCCGCUUCGACGACACAAUUCAGCAGAGUGUGGUUUCCUUCGACAAUCCCACAGGGACCAUCACCAACUCUGAUCUGGAACUGACUGGACUGUUGGCUCACCAGGAUGUGCUAGCCCAAGAGUUCUGCCUUCGCGGUCGGACCAUUGUGCCCUUGGGGGAUAAUACACCUGCAGUGGCCUGGCACCAACGUGGCUCUGCCACAACCACUGGCCCUGCUGCCUACCUUCUCCGACUCAACAGCAUUCACCAACGCCACUACCGCUAUUUGUCGAAGGCAGACUAUAUUCCAGGCCCAGCCAACCAGAUGGCGGAUGAUUGUUCUCGUUUGUGGCAUUAG